AUGACUGCUCUCCGGAACCCGAAGGGAACAACCACUGCAUCGAGUAAGAGAAUGGAGAGAAUCAUCUACGACUUCCACUCUGAUCUCUUUGACAGCCAUGUCCACUUGCUUCCUCACCGUCUGAGGGAAGACGGACAUGUCAUUCCAGAGGUUCUCCCGUCCGAAAUACGAUAUGUUAUUAUGACGGUAAGAAAUCGUAUGGCACCCGGUCUCGACAGAAUAAGACCAGAACAACUGAAGAACCUUCCGCCAGUAAUCAUCAACACCCUGGCGAGGCUCUUUACACGUUACCUGUCGGAAUGCAAGGUUCCUAAACAGUGGAAGACCAGCAAGACAGUGUUGCUGUAUAAAAAGGGAGAUCCACAUGACAUCGGCAACUAUCGCCCAAUCUGCUUACUGUCCGUCAUCUACAAACUCUUUACAAGAAUGAUGCGUAAUAGGAUUGAAAAAGUCUUUUAUGAAGGACAGCCAUGCGAGCAUGCAGGGUUUCGAAAAGGAUUCAGCACGAUAGGCCACAUUCACACUGUUUCGAAACUCAUCGAGGUAUCACGAGAGUACAAGAUGCCGCUCUGUCUCACCUUCACCGACUUAAAGAAAGCCUUCGACUCAGUUGAGACGGAAGCGGUCGUGGAAGCCUUGGACAACCAAGGCGUCCCUACUCAGUACAUAAAGGUACUUCGAGAGUUGUACAGUAACUUCACGACCGGAAUUUCGCCAUUCCAUAAGAAUAUCAUCAUUGACGUGAAGAGGAGGGUCCGACAGGGUGAUACAGUCUCACCCAAAAUAUUCACAGCCACCCUCCAGAACGCAACGUGA